AUGUCUGACAAACCCAAUAUGGCUGAGGUUGAGAAGUCUGACAAAUUGAAAUUGAAGAAAGCAGAAAUGCAAGAGAAAAAUCCCCUGCCUUCAAAAGAAACUACUGAACAAGAUGAGUAA